AUGGAUCUGCGCUCGGAGCUGCUGAAGUCCAUCUGGUAUGCAUUUACGGCUCUGGAUGUGGAGAAGAGCGGAAAGGUGUCCAAGUCACAGCUGAAGGUGCUGUCCCACAACCUCUGCACUGUCCUUAGCAUCCCACAUGACCCAGUGGCGCUUGAGGAGCACUUCAGGGAGGAUGAUGAUGGGCCUGUGUCCAGCCAAGGCUACAUGCCUUACCUCAACAAAUACAUCCUGGAUAAGGUGCAAGAUGGAGCUUUUGUGAAGGAGAACUUCGAUGAACUGUGCUGGACCCUCACAGCAAAGAAGAACUAUCGUCCAGAGAAAAACAAGAAGAUCAUCCUGCAACAAAAAGAUGCCUUCCGCCUCUGGUGCCUAUUCAACUUCCUGUCGGAGGACAAGUAUCCCCUAGUCAUGGUGCCUGAUGAGGUGGAGUAUUUACUGAAAAAGAUUUGCAUGGCCAUGAGCGUAGAGCUGAACUGUGUGGAGCUGGAGGACUUCCUCUCCCAGGAUUCUGUGCUGCAGAACGGGUUCACGGUCUGGGCUUUCCUGGACAUGAUGAACAGUGGGAAACUGACAAAAGGCAUCACCAAGGAUUCGGUCAGCAUGGCGAUUGAGGAGGUGUACCGUGAAAUAGUCGAUGAUGUAUUAAAAGAGGGCUAUCUGUGGAAGCGAGGGCAACUGCGCAGAAACUGGGCCGAGCGCUGGUUCACGCUGAGGCCCCACACCCUGGCCUACUUCUCCAGUGAGGAUCGAAGGGAACGCAAGGGCAACAUCGUGCUGGACGGGAACUGCUGUGUGGAGGUGCUUCCAGACAAGGAUGGGAAGCGGUGUAUGUUCUGCUUAAAGACACUGUCCAAAACGUAUGAGAUGAGUGCCUCAGACACCAAGCAGAGGCAGGAGUGGACUGCGGCCAUCCAGACGGCUAUCCGGCUGCACGUGGAGGGCAAGAGCUCCCUGCACAGGGACCUAAAGCUGAAGCGGCGGGAGCAGCGAGAGCAGCGGGAGAAGCGGCGGCGGGCCAAGGAGGAAGAGCUACAGCGGCUACGUGCCCUACAGGAGGAGAAAGAGCGCAAGCUAGCUGAGCUGGAGCUUCUGAAGGAGGCGCAGCGACAGGCGCAGGCACUCCUGGAGCAGGACGAGCAACGCAGGAGGCAGCAGCAUGAGCAGAUGCAGCAGACACUGGAGGUGCAGCUACGGGAGGCUGAGGAGGCGCGGGCCAGCAUGCAGGCAGAGAUGGCUCUAAAGGAGGCGGAGGCCGAGAGGCAGCGAAAACGCAUCCGCGAGCUGGAGGAGAUGCAGCAGAGGCUGGAGGAGGCUUUGCAGGUGGAGAUCAAGGCCCGGCAGGAUGAGGAAGCCUUCCGUUAUGCACAGGCCAGGCUGCUGACCGAGGAAGAGGAUAAAAUGAAGUCCCUGAUGGCACUCCAGGAAGAGCAGGAGGAGUACAUCCUGAAGACCCAACGGGAGAAGCAGGAGCUGAAGCAGGAGAUGGAGAUGAAGUCCAGGGCUCUGGAAGAAGCCCACAGGCAGCUGGAGGAAGUGCGGGCCAACCGGCACAAAGUGGACCAGGAUGUAGUGGCUGCCCAGAGGAAGCUCCGCCAAGCAAGCACCAAUGUAAAACACUGGAACGUGCAGAUGAACAGACUGAUGCACCCCAUUGGGCCUGGAGAAAAGAGGCCGUCCAUCACCUCCAGCAUCCGCAUGCCCAGCCAGCGGGACCCCGGGCUGCGCCUGCGAAAGUCUGAGAAUGACGGGGAACAACACGACAGGACCAACCCGAAUAUGGAGCAGGAUGCUGGGAGAGAGGCGUCUGAGAAGCGCCUCUCACAGACCUCUAACGGAGAUAUGGACAUGCCCUGAAGGGGCCGGGCCAGUCUGCAGAGCACAAGGGGUUUCCUGCACGUGCUCCUUCUUGGAGCUGUGUAAGGAAUUACCACCACCGUAUGAGUCCACACAGGAGACGGAUUGCACGAGGAACCAAUGAGGAACAGACUUGGGUGGGGCUGUAAUGGUUAAAACAUGCAGGUUCGAGUCCUGGUAGGAGCUCAGAUAUUUUACUUGAGACCCAUUUCAUUUCACAUAGCUCUAUGAACUGUCAAACAUGCAAAACCAGAAUAAAAUAAGUUGUUUUGUGUAAAACCUACUAAAAAGCUGAAUUAUGUUUUGGAAAGCAUGCCAUUGAGCUAAUCAGGCAUCAGGAAUCUCUUAAGUCAAACAGAAUUUAUCAUAAAAUUUAUCUCUGACAUACUUUUUUUUUAUCACUAUAACACUACAGUGAUGAUACAAAGUAUGGCACCAUUCAUUCAAUUAUGCCUAUUUUUCUAAUGUAGUAAAUAUUGUGCAAAAUAUUGAAAGAACUGGCUGAGUUUUCAAGAGGGUAGUUCAGUAAUAUUCCUGCUGUUUCUUAUUGGUUGCUCUCUGGCAAAGUGUAUGGUUCUUAUUUCUGUACAGUCCUGAUAUUGCAGCAAAUUUCCCCCCACUGAAAAGAAGAAAAAUUUAGUAACAAGAAGUUAGUGUUAGUUUCUUUGUAGCUUCCACUGUAGUGCAAUGACUGGAUUACUAGUUUCUAACAUUAUCGUUACCUGUUUGCUUUGGCAGUGUUUUUGACUCCUCUUUGUAUUUAGCUAUCUGGCUCUGUGAAUUAUGAAAAAGCUCUUUCAUUUACUGGAAUCCAUUCAUAGCACAUUGUUGCUGAUGAAAAACAUGUUUAGUCUGUUUUGAUUAGAAAGAAAUAUGUGAAGCAGAAGAUAUUGUUUGUAUUGUUAUUAUUAUGGUUUAAAUUUUAAUUCCGCAAACCAGAGAUUUUUUGUAGAAAAUUAUGUAACCAGAUCAUUGUACCUUAAAUCAAUUCAUGUAAAACUGAAGGUCAAUCAUAAAACAAAUUGUUAUAUAAAUUGUUUCUUUCAACAUGCAUGUUAAGUUUAAUUUCUCAAUUAAUGUAUUAAAUGUUGUAAAAAGGGCUGCAAACAAUUGCAA